GCAACACUAAUCUGGAUUUCUAAUCAUCUGACGAAAAGAGUCACAAAACAAACUUUCAGCGUAUACAUGCUUAGUAAGUAGGCGCUACCAGAUUUCAGAUGCAACAGAGAACGGGAGAAAAUGCAUCGCCUUUUGGUCAUAUCGGUUAUUUGCACAUUCCUCAUAAUUACUGAUCACACAGAGGCUUCGGCAAGGCGGCGGCGACGACGGGGCAUUGUUCCUACCCCUCCCCAAGAUGUAUUUUGUCCGGUUGACUACUGUUCACCAUUGAAUAAUACCAACAGUCUGUGUCCCUCAGGAACAACCAUACCCGAGAAUACACGAUGUGAAUUUAGCUGUCCUACUGGGUACAAUCUCGUUGGGAAUUCAUCUGUGCAAUGCAUGUCGAAUGGUUUGUUAUCUGACGAGAUUGGAUGUGAAACCAUUGCGUGUCCUGUUUGGAACUAUUCUUCGCCUGUAAACGGAUCGUGUGACUCGGACUCAAUUGUUGAUUGGUCGACGGAAUGUACAUUUGAAUGUGCAGAGGGAUAUCGACUCGAAGGGGACGAUAUUGCAAGAUUGGGGAUGAUGGACAACUCAAUGGAUCCCUCCCAACUUGUACAAUUAUUACCUGUUCUGUCCCUAACUAUAACACGCCUCUGAAUGGGUCAUGUGACUCAAACUCCAGUUUUGAUUGGUCGACUGAGUGUAGGUUUGAAUGUGCGGAGGGAUAUCUCCUUGAAGGUGACCUCGCUACAAGGUGUGGAGAUGACGGACAAUUUAACGGAUCUCUUCCGAGUUGUACCAUCAUUACCUGUCCUGUUUGGGAAUAUAGCUGGCCUCUGAACGGAUCAUGUGACUCGAACUCUAGUGUUGAUUGGUCGACUGAGUGUAGGUUUGAAUGUGAUGAAGGGUAUAUCAUUGAAGGUGACAAUAAUGCAAGGUGCGGAGAGAGUGGACGACUUAACAGAUCUCUUCCGACUUGCACAAUUAUUACCUGUCCUGUUUGGGAGUAUACGUGGCCUCUGAACGGAUCAUGUGACUCGAACUCUAGUGUUGAUUGGCCGACUGAGUGUAGGUUUGAAUGUACCGAGGGAUAUCGUCUGGAAGGGGACGAUAUUGCACGAUGUGGGGAUGACGGACGGCUCAAUGGAUCCCUCCCAACUUGUACAAUUAUUACCUGUUCUGUCCCUAACUAUAACACGCCUCUGAAUGGGUCAUGUGAUUCAAACUCCAGUGUUGAUUGGUCGACUGAGUGUAGGUUUGAAUGUGCAGAGGGAUAUCUCCUUGAAGGUGACCACGCUACAAGGUGUGGAGAUGACGGACAAUUUAACGGAUCUCUUCCGAGUUGUACCAUCAUUACCUGUCCUGUUUGGGAAUAUACCUGGCCUCUGAACGGAUCAUGUGACUCGAACUCUAGUGUUGAUUGGUCGACUGAGUGUAGGUUUGAAUGUGAUGAAGGGUAUAUCCUUGAAGGUGACAAUAAUGCAAGGUGCGGAGAGAGUGGACGACUUAACAGAUCUCUUCCGACUUGCACAAUUAUUACCUGUCCUGUUUGGGAGUAUACGUGGCCUCUGAACGGAUCAUGUGACUCGAACUCUAAUGUUGAUUGGUCGACUGAGUGUAGGUUUGAAUGUGCCGAGGGAUAUCUCCUUGAUGGUGACGAUACAGCAAGUUGUGGAGAUGACAGGCAACUUAAUGGAUCUCUUCCGCGUUGUAACAUCAUUACCUGUCCUGUUCCAAAUUACACUACACCUCUGAACGGGUCAUGUGACUCGAACUCCAGUGUUGAUUGGUCGACGGAAUGUAGGUUUGAGUGUGCAGAGGGAUAUCUCCUUGAAGGGGACGAUACUGUAAUGUGUGGUUUGGGUGGACAGUUCAACGGAUCACUUCCAAGUUGUACUAUUAUCAUCUGUCCUGUUUGGGACUAUACUUGGCCGCUGACUGGGUCGUGUGACUCGAACUCUAGUGUUGAUUGGUCAUUGGAGUGCAGGUUUGAAUGUGCUGAAGGGUAUCUCUUUGAAGGAAGCGAUACUGCAAGGUGUGGACUUAGUGGAGAGCUCAACGGAUCAAUUCCAGAUUGUAACAUUAUCAUAUGUCCUGUUUGGGAAUAUACUUUGCCUCUGAACGGAUCAUGUGACUCGAAAUCUAAUGUUGAUUGGCCGACUGAGUGUAGGUUUGGAUGUGCUGAGGGAUAUCUUCUUGAAGGUGACGAUAUUGCAAGAUGUGGAGUUGGUGGACAACUUACCGGAUCCCUUCCGCAUUGUACCAUUCUCUGUGAAGUUGACUACAUAUCCCCACUAACCAAUAUUAACAGUGCAUGUCCGGCAGGAACGAAAAUUACUGAGAAUACAGAAUGCGAUUUUAGCUGCCCAACUGGAUAUAAUCUCGUCGGGAAUUCAACAGUUUAUUGCAUGGCAAACGGUCUUCUAUCUGACCAAAUCGGAUGCGAGAGUAUCAAUAAAUGUUCAACUUUGCCAUGCAGUGCUGAUGCUAACAGUUUCUGUGUCAAUAGACUGGGGACUUUCCAGUGUAGCUGUUACGAGGGAUAUGAGAAUUCCAUAGAAAACCCACAGUGCAGUCCUGGUACUCCAACAAUAGCAUGUCAAAUCGAUUCAUGUAUGAACGGGGGUACUUGUAAUCAGGAGCCUACAACGUUUACCUGUACCUGUCCUUCCGGAUUCACAGGCAUGAUGUGCCAAAAUGAUCUGAGGUGCAAUGACGUAGUUUGUGAGGAUACUCAGACUUGCUUCCAAGGAGUAUGCGUAUGUCAAGAUGGCAGAGCUCCUGUGAAUGGCGUAUGUGAAGAGUCAUGUUCCCAGAGCUGUGUUUUGGAACAGGAAAGAUGUGUAAUCUCUUCGUGCCGAUGUCGAACCACAUGGUUCAGGAGAGAAAUAGGAAAUGGUGUAUCUCGAUGCAGCAAAGCAAGUCGUCUGUUAAGAAUAUCCUACAUUCUCCUUGCUAUCAACGGUGUUCAAGUAAACUUUGACGCCGCGUACAGAGAUCCGCAGAGCGCAGAAUAUAUCGCCGGUGCAGAAGUAAUUAGAUAUGUGAUACCGAGGGUAUUAAAAGCCAGAGGUGUUGGGGGUGUCAUCACUUCUGUGGUCUUGGGGUAUUUCAAUGGUAGUCUUGGUGUAGAUUCUGCUGUCUCCGUAGAUGAAACCUUCGUCGGUGAUGAGACCACUUUGACCGACGCUCUCAUGCAGGAAAUGAUAGAAGGCCAAGAUCAUCUUACAGCUGACAAUACCAGCCUUCGUAUUAACAUGGCAUCACUUAAUGUUGCAGAAAUCACUGAAGUAGAUGAAUGCGCUGAUGGAAGCCACGAUUGUGACACUAACGCCCUUUGCAUCAACACCGAUCCAGGACUUGGAUUCGGUUGCCUAUGCAAUGAGGGUUAUGACGACCUCUACCCAGCUUCACUACCCGGCCGAUAUUGUUUUCUUGCAUCUCCAUCUGACCCAGACGAAACACGAAGUGAUAUCGCAGGUGGUACAAUGAACGUCGCCCUCAUUGCUGGACUUGUUCCAGGGCUGGGAAUUGUCUUGGUGGUCAUCUUCACCUGCGCAUGCGUCACAUUCUUCCGCUCCCAGCGUAAGAAGAAUAUGGCGGAAAUGAUGUUUGGAGAUCGACCUACCUCCUUAAAUCACUAUUCCAGGAACGAUAAUGACGAGCUGUCGUACCGAAAGGAAAGUUCACAGUCGGAUGUCUACUACCUAUAUCCUGGUUCGAGUGGUAAUUCGAGCAUAAAGACUGGAUAUUCUCAUCGAAGUAGGAAUCCCGUAUCUACUAACAGACGAUCGGUAUCGAGCGCCAUUUACAACAAGGCGACGUCAUCUUCCAUGAGGAGCUCACAUUACGACUAUCCUGGCUCUCGCACCAACAAUUCAACCACGGUUAACGGUCAACCAAAAGGAGAACGGGGUUCGGGUUCCAGGCGUUCGACCACGAGUACGAUCUAUAACAGCAUUGCUACGAUCUAUGAAUGAUGGUUUAAUUUGACUUACUAGGGUCCACCGACAUGGCAAUAGAUCCCCCUCCCGUAUAUUUUUUGUUAAGGGUAUUCUGAUAACUGAACUGAAUUGCAUUUGAAUAGUUAUUUUCUUAAUAUAACAAAUAAUAUAUAUUCUUACGGCAUUAUAUAAAUGCAAAAUAUACUUCUGAUAAUUGGUUCUAGCUCGGCUUAAUCACCUGCUUAUUAUUUGAAAUGUGUGUUUUAUAUAUAAAGCCCGAAGUUUUAAGAGCAAAAAUGAAACUUCAGAGAUAUAUGCCUUCGUUUUGAUAAUACUCUUAAAACCGUUGCGUGAAUAGGCAGUCAUAAUAAUACUAGAUGAGAAAGAGAACUCUUAGUCGUAAAAAUGAUAGUCAUUUGUAAAAUACGUCAAAUCCAUUAGGAUUAUUAGAAUAUUUGAAGUAUAUGAAAUGAUCCUUUCUGGGGUUUAAUUGUAUAUCGCCUUUAUCUUCACCUUCAUUAUCCAAAUUAUGAAAUGAUAUUUUCAUUGGAAACUAUAACCGUUCUACUUUUUAAACGUAUUGAUACUAUUAUUAUACUUUUAUUUCUACGGGGCGAGCUCAUAUUGUAUUGCAUUUGAUCAAAAAAAUGAAUUGGAGAAAACGGGCAGCCUUAAACGUAAUCGUCUUUAAAUUCAAUGUUGUACUGUAUUCAACUAAAUAUUAUGUGUUUUUUAUGUAAAUAAUACGGAUUGCUGAUCCAGUUUUAAGUGUUACAAUAUUUUUUUAAUAUUUAUAUCACAGUGAUUGUAAGUAGCCAUUGUAAUUGCGUGGUGUUGUUUGCUUUACAUAAAGUCUUAAUGAUGAAUAUAAAAUGUGGAGAAAAUGCAAAACCCCAUUCCAUUGAAAUUACGUUUCUACAUUAUAUAUUAAUGCUUAUUAAUGUCGAGAGCCGUUUUAAUUUAUUUUUAUUUCAUAUAUUUUGAAUAACGGAAAUGUAAUCAAAUGAUAACACACAACGAUUUGUAAAUGUUACCUGUCUUUUAUUUAUCUUAUUUGAUAACUAUACUACCAAACACCCUUAAUCAAGUGCCCUGGAAGAAAAUAAGGAAAUUCGGAAGAAUCAUUAUGUCGUUCUUAUGAGAAUAUUAAAUACAACAAAAAGGUCAGAUUUACCAGGGUUCAGUGGCGUAACUACAAGGGGGCAUGGGGGCACGUGCCCCCCCCCCCAUCAGCUGGCCAAAAAAAACAACGGGGAAAAGGAGAAAAAGAGGGAGAAAGGGAGAGAAACGUAGCGGGAAAGAAGAAUCUAUUGUUAAUUAUAAUUAUAAUUAUGUUAUGUUAUAUUGCUUAAGAAACAUUUUUUCAUAACUUUAUGAAACAUAAUUUGCUCAGGGCCUAUGUCUUCAUUGUUCCUGGUGCUCGCACUGUCUAUUUAACGAGAUAUAUAAUCCUGUUGUAGUAAAACCUCCCGUUUUCAAGUAAACAUACACCAAAUUUA